CAUCAAAAGUUGAAAAUUAUAUACACCCGUUGGAAUCCGUUCUCCUCCCUCUCUUGUUCCGCCCAGUCAAGACUUUUUCUCCAUCUCCCCCCGCGCCUUCCGAAACCCUUUAUCUUUUUCGGAGGCAGUACACAUUCGUUUUAAAAUCCCUAGCCCAUAUCUUCUACCCAGUCAACCCUUCCCCUAGAUACCACCAUGCGAUCUACUGUUAUAGGGUUAGCCGUUGGUCUAUGGGCUUCUACUACAAAUGCCCAUUUGGCCGUCUUUACGAAGGGAAUGUGGUGCUUGAAUGGCGCCGAAGGAAACAACCUCAACUCAGAUGAUCCUGUUACUCCCUUGUACCAGCUCGCACAAUCGCAGUGGUGGUUCCACGCUGUCAACGGUUGCAAUAACCAACCCCCUGCUGACGGUGAUGUCCUGACCUUGCCUGCCGGUGAAUCAAUCACCGUCGAAAUCGCCGCAAAUCAAGGCGUAACUACCCUCUCGUUCGACGGACAAUACGUUAGUGACUGGCCUGAUGGUCAUACCUAUGCCGACGACUACAACGUUCCAACUUGCAUCACCACCCCUAACAUGCACACUCAGAAUCAGUCCAUGGCUGCGGGUACUGCACUCGCUAUUGCUUACGUCUCUGACGUCGCUGAUGUUACUCCUGAAAACCUUGUUGUCUUCUCUGUCACCUACAAUACUCCUUGGAAGCGUUUGACCACGUAUGAAGUUCCUGCCAACAUGCCUGCAUGCCCUGAAGGUGGAUGUAUCUGCGCUUGGGGUUGGAUUCCCAACGCAUGUGGCGAGGCCAACAUGUAUUUCGAAGGGAUCCGAUGCCAGGUUACACCCGGAAGUGACCCUAAGCCUCUUGGAACUCCCAAAGCCCCUGUAUGGUGUGAAGACGAUACCAGCGCAUGCGUAACUGGUCCUAAGCAAAUGUUAUUCUGGCAUCAAGCUAGCGGUAACAACAUUGAGGUUGAUGGUCUUGAUCUGGCAGGAGAGUUUAAGAGUCCGGGAUACAAUGCCAAGUGUGGUUUCUCCAACGGUGCCCAGAAUGAUAUCUUUGAUGACUCUGGCACAUUACGACUUCGACUUCCUCGGAUGGACGCCGAUGCAAACGCAGAGAACCGCGUGUUGGAAGGCGCGACCUGA